AUGUUGAAGAUCCGGAAAACAGUGAUAAUUACUACGGAAGAUUUGGAACAAGACCAGCAGACCAAUGGACUGGAACUUUCUAGCCGCCUACGCGAAAAAAAGUUGCGAGACGAUAAUGUGAUGGAAGGGGAUCGUUGUAAAUUGGCAGCCGGUGACAUUCGGGAAGAGGAAUUUCUUACUGACGUCGUCUCUCCUACGCUUGGGAGACCUGGGAACACUGACAACGUAGAUCCGAAAAAAGGACUUGCUCCCAGCAACUCCAAAUGGGGUAGUUCAUCUUCCUGGCGUAUGCGCAUGCGCACAGGCCAUGCAUCCGGACUUCCGCAUGCUGCAUUCAUCCUUGAGGCCAAAAAAACUGGUGUGCGCAUGCGCAUAUCUACAAACCAUGUUAUACCUGUUCGAACACACUGGAGGAACAACACGAAUUCUGGGACGAACCCCCCCCCCCAGACGGAAAACACGUUCCAAGCUGAAGCGCAGUUAGAAGUAAAAUUCGAAUUCACAUAA